GACCGACUUCUUCUCCUGUUUGAGUAAGCAAAUUUCGGUUUUGAGUUGAUGAAUUUUCGUUUCAUUGCCUUGCGAGAAACGUUCCUUGAGAUCGUCCCAGAGAACUUUGGCGUUCCUGGCCCCAGCUACCGAGUUCUGCAAUUCUUCUUCUAAGUGGUUAAAAAUCCAGGAGACAAGCAUGGAAUUACAUAUUACCCACUAUUCACGGUGUUAUAGUUCCUGCCGUUGAGUUUGCAGGAAAUAAGUUGAGUCCCAGGUCGAUCUGAGGGAGAGAGAAUAUACGCUGGAGGGAUCCCUGCACCAGAGUUGCUGUUCUCUGCACUUUUUGACAUUUUAACGAAUCAAGAAGGUAAAAGAUGACAAAAUGACGCUCAGCUCAAUCUGGCAGAAACGAUAUGAUGAGUGACGCUCAGUUCAGAGACUAGCAAGACGGAAGUUCGACCAAGAAAAAUAGGCCGGCGUUGAGCAGAGCUUGAUUGCCCUCAAGACCGAUGCUCUGAUACCAUGUCAAGAAACGAAAUUGAGCAGAAGAACUUGUCUUUCUCAUUCAUCUUCAUCGGGACAAAGAGAUUUCCGACAAGAAUGGUCGUUCUGGUUGUAGCUGCAGCAGUUGCGUCCGUGAUAACUUCAGUCGUGGGCUGCUUUCUGAUGCAAAGGAGAGGCAGGAAGAGCAAGAAUCACAUACAAGAAGAUCCGAUCGUCAAGAGCAGGAUUUCAGAACUACAUGCCCUGCAAUUUCCCCUGUGUACUAUCGAAGUGACCACAAACAGUUUCUCAAGCGACAACAAACUAGGGGAAGGAGGAUUCGGUCCUGUGUACAAGGGGAAACUUCCUAGCGGGCAAGAAAUAGCUGCAAAGAGGCUGUCACGUGGCUCGGGACAAGGUGUACAAGAGUUCAAGAACGAGAUCGAACUCGUUGCGAAGCUUCAACACAGGAAUCUCGUGAGGCUGUUGGGUUUCUCCUUGGAAAGGGAAGAGACAAUCCUUGUCUAUGAAUAUGUCCCAAAUGGAAGUCUCGACCACAUCUUAUUCGAUUCGAAGAUUAGCGGGAGACUGGAUUGGUCAAGGCGAUAUAAGAUCACAGUGGGUGUUGCACGUGGGCUUCUCUACCUUCAUGAAGAUUCUCGGCUUAGAAUCAUUCACCGGGAUCUCAAAGCCAGCAACAUCUUAUUAGAUGCAGAUAUGAACCCGAAGAUUUCUGAUUUUGGCAUGGCCAGGAUGUUCGGUGCAGACCAGAUUGAAGCUAGCACAAACAGAAUCGUUGGAACAUAUGAUUACAUGUCUCCCGAGUACAUAAUGUUUGGGCACUUCUCAACAAAAUCAGACGUCUUCAGCUUCGGAGUGUUGGUACUUGAGAUCAUAACUGGCAAGAAGAAUAGCAGCUUCGACCCGCAAAACUCUGAUGAAGGCCUUUUGGGAUAUGUUUGGAAACACUGGAGCGAAGGGAUUUCCUUGAAACUGGUCGACCCGGCCCUAGGCAACUCUUAUGCCACAAACAAAGUAAUUAAAUGUUUUCAUAUUGGCUUGCUUUGUGUACAAGACGACCCAGAAGACCGCCCCACAAUGGACUCGGUCAUUCUCAUGCUCAGCAGCGAGUCCACUAGCCUACCAUUGCCUCAACGACCCUCAUUCUUCUUCCCAAGCAGAAAGCAUAAGCAAACGCCGCUGAGCUUGAACCUCCUCCAAUCCACAGAAAAAUUGACCUCUUGGUCAGCAAAUGAAGAAGCAGUCCAUACUGAACCCAGGCCUCGGUGGCAAAUUUAAACAUUGGACUCCUUCAGUUGUUUCCUUGGGUUUCAGGUCAUUGUGCCUUUGGAAAAAAGUUUUGCAUGUAAUGAAGAUUAAAGGUGGAAUUGUGUCUCAGCACACAUUGCCACGAUUAGGGAGCUAACUCGACAAAUGACCAAAGUUAAGUUCCACAAAACUAUGUAGCUUAGUACACUGUUAGUUCGGAGUUUAAAUAUGACCGACGAAUAUUUCUCGAGUUCCUAUA